CGAAAGAGAACAUUCAGUGUAUGUAGAAGCCAUUUCAUUGAUUCCAUUUUCGUUUCCAAAAUGUCUCUUCAAUGGGAAGAUAAGGAAGUACACUUCGACAUACCGUAUUCGAAAAUGAGACUCAUUUUGGGAGAGAAGGUUAUAGAUAAACUCGAUAAUAUUGAAGAUACGAAGGGAAAUGGUGGAGAUAAAGGCAGAAUGAUUAUAACCAACAUUAGGCUUCUUUGGCAUUCUUCGAGGACACCUAGAGUCAAUUUGUCUAUUGGAUUCAACUGCAUUCUUUCUUCAAGUACUAAAAUUGUGAACUCGAGACUGAAAGGUACUACCCAAGCUUUGCAAUUAUUGACCAUAUCGAACGGCACGAGAUACGAAUUCAUUUUCACAAAUCUGAUUCCAGGCAAUACCAGGCAUUUUACAUCUGUAAUGGGAGUUCACAAAGAAUUGAGGCUGAGAGGUGGUGUAGUUCACAAUAAGCAGUUGAAGAUUCUUUCCCAAGAACAAGUGGUAUCUACUCUUCAUGGAGUCUGGAAUUUGUCCAGUGAUCAAGGCAGCUUGGGAACCUUCACGGUAUCCAAUGUAAGGUUCGUCUGGUUCGCAGACGUGAAUGAAGGAUUCAACAUAUCUUUGCCCUACUUGCAAAUAGAAAGUAUAUGCAUCAGAGAUUCGAAGUUUGGAACUGCUCUCGUAAUCACCAGUUCAGAAAUGAGCGGAGGAUACAUUUUAGGGUUCAAAGUUGAUCCGGAAGAAAAGCUUCAGAAUCUAUUCAAGGAACUCACUUCUCUCCACACGGUUUAUACAACGAAACCCAUUUUUGGAGUUGAAUUUCAAAGUUAUUCUGGUAAAGAUGACGUGGAGUCCAAUAAUAACUUGACCGAAGAGUACGAAGUCCUGGAAGAUUUGAAAGGAGAAAUCUCUAAUACCAUUACAGCAUAUUUGGCUGAUGAGGGGCACACUAAGGAUGAACUUCCGGUUUACUCACCUGAACUGGGUCUAGCUGUUGAGAGGAUCAAAGAAGGUUACACCAUACAAAAGCUGUGGGAAGUCAUUCCUUCAUGAAAUCAAUCAAUUGAAUUU